AUGGUGGGCGAGGAUUUGCUGGAGCUUUCUCUCCUUGCGAAGGAGAUGCAGGAUGUCACUGAGGCCGACCACAACCAGCUGAAGAAUCAGAUUGAUCAGCACGAACGUGAUCAACAAGGAGACGCAGCAGAAGAUCAGACAGAAAUGCCUACUGCCCAAGAUCCAGAUGCAGCACUGCCAGAUGGACAGCAGCUUGUGGACCUUACCUCAAAUCUGCCACCGAGCUCCGAUGAAAGCCAGAACUAUCCCAAGACAUUGGCUGAGGCACUGGCUCUUGACAAUUGGUGGUCGGGGAUUUGGCAGUUGGCCCUGCAUCUGCGAUGUGGCCCGUCCGGAAUGGACAACCUCUACCUUCGUGGCGGAGAAGAAGUUCGAUAUCGAGCAAGGAAGUUAAACUGGCACCAGAAUUUGGAGCACCAAUUGAAGGAGAUUCGGAUGAAUCAGGAUGAGAUGAUGGCUGGACAGAGGGGCUCACGGAUUUCAAAGUGGAUUCAGCAUUCCAGCACUAUGCGGGAUCGGGCUGGCUGGCAAGCUCCUGAGAAGAUUCAGAUUGGGAAAGUUGUCAUGCUCAACCUCGGGACGACUGCGCCUCCAUGUCCAGCAUUUGUCCAUACAGUUUGGCCCUGUGGCAAGAAGCCACGUCCAAUCAGCCAAGAAAUUCCGAUUCAGUCUUUGAAGACUUUCAGGGCCACCAUGCUUGUCCGUCACAAGAAAUCCAAGGAGGAUCUAGACGAAGAGUGUUAUUGGGAGCCCUCGCCAAACACGUGGAUGUAUGGGCAGGAGCAUCUUUUGGCUAUCUUGGAUGCGGACACCCAGCGCACUGCGGUGAAUCGAGGCCACUUCUUCUUGACCCCAGCAUCGGAGGAGAUGAUCCUGAAGGUGCAAUCAGAGGAGCACCCGGCAGCGCCUCAUCGAGGCCUGAAUGUGAAGAAAAGGAGGAAACCUCCGAAGUUGAAGCUUGGGGCAGCUCUGAAGAAAGCGGCUUCGGCAAAGAUUGCCAAGAAGGCCCAGGAAGCUCCAACGCCCAGUAGCAUUCGGCGCUCAGUGGCUGGGAGGAGGAUGGUGGACGCAGUUCGGUUUGCGGACAACCCUGUGUUCAACCCGAACACGGGGUCUUGCACGCUGAAGGGGUGUACUAGCUACACCUACGACCUCUUCAUGGAGCAGGUUCCGCUGUACUUCCAGGCCCUCCACGUCAAGGUCCGCAAUGCUGAGAGGUAUGGACUGUUGGUGUACAAGACCAUCACAGAUCUGACCCAGCAGAUGGAGCAGAACCCUGCAAAGCGUUCCUUGCUGCUCAACAUCAUCCAGGAUGCCAUCAAGGCAAAGCUCGGCCAGCCGAAGAUCUAA